GGAUGACCCAUCUGUGUGAAUGAAAGUUAAUUCGAAACAUUUCUUUUAAAUGUACAGUCACAACUUCAGUCAAAAUGAAUAAAAUGGAAUUUCAUUGUUUAUUUUGCGCGGUUAUAUUAAGCUGCCUUUACCGAAAAUAUAUCAAAAAAUCGCAAUAGGUACUACAAGAGCGGUCACUUUAUUUGUGUAUGUAACUUUGCCAUUGGUACACCCUAUAUGUGUUAGACACACUUUCAGAUGAUGCGGGGCAUAUUCCUACUGGUGAUAUGUUCAUUGGCAUGGGGCCAAGAUACCGAGCCGGAUGCCGAUGAAGAUAUGGGUUUCCCACUAACCGAAGAGCAACUAGCUCUUUGUGGUCCGACUGGUUAUUUUGCUGAUCCCGAUGAUUGCUGUUGGUUCGUCCAGUGCGAUUACGAACCAUUCAACGUCGGCCAUAGGGUUGCCUGCAUGGGAGGUUCCGUAUGGAACUCCGAGAAGUGCUCAUGCGAGGAACCAAAUGCCAACAAUCCAUGUGACCCAGCUACAUGCGACGUUCCUGAGUUCGUGCCAACCCCUUGUCCAACAGCCGGUCUCCGUGAUGAUCAAUGUUGUAUCGAUGGACUUGUUGUCACAAUAUUGAACGAAACAUCGUAUUACGUGGAUUCGGAAACCAUAUUGGGAAAUCAGACAUGCCCAUACGAGUUACUCUUCAAUGCUGUUGACUGUUGCUGCGACUCUACCACUUUUACAGCUCCCCCUCCCAUGUGUGACCAUUACACAUUUGAUCAACUGCCAUUUGCGGAUGAGGGUGUCAUUGCCAGUGGUGCUGCAUUGUUGACCCCAGGCGCAGACGCUGGUGGCGGCGCAACAGCAGGUUCUGCCUCGUUUUCAGCAGGAGCAGCAGCGGGUGCAGCUUCUGCCAAACUACACAGGUUCUCCAAUGUUGACUUCAGUAAUGGUUUCGCCACUGCCUUUUGGAUUAUGGCUGAAGGUUCCGGGUCAUCAGUUCUCUUCCACAACGGAGAUGAGGGUGGACAGGGUGCAAGUAUAUCUUUGGAGCUGUUGCAAACAUCUGGUGGAGGAUUCGCUAUCUCUGGUGGAGUUUCCUCAGAAACAGAUGGCGUUGCUGAUUUCUAUCAGACGACCGGUUGGAGUGCCGGAUCAUGGCAUCACGUCUGUAUGUCAUACCAAGAUGGCCAACUGACGUACUCCUUAGACUCCGAACCACCAGUUACAGUCAAUGAAGCGGAUGAAUUGGACGAUGAAAGUGUUCUUGAAAUCUUUAAAUCAGCUGCCAACGAUGCGGCAGUGGCAGCAGACUCCGCUACAGAAAAUGUUCGCAGAAGGCUCCAGAACGUUGGCGCGGACGAUCCAGGAUUUUCAGAGCUCCAGGGUGUCUUAGACUGUGUUGAACAGAUCAAAGCUGAUUUGGAAGACAAUAAGGAAUAUCUGGAUGAUGUUCAACGAGGUCUUGAUGACUUUAGAAAAGUCCGCAGACGAUUCAGAAAAGCAUUCAAUCGAUUCAAGAGACCAAAACGAAGGAAUGAUGAAAACAGGGAUGAGCUCCAAGAUCUUCUCGAACGAGCUCGCAGUGCAUUUGAACUUCUGCGAGAGAAGGUCACAGCAAUCUGUGACAGUCUUGAUAAGGUUUGCGACAUUCUUGGUAACAAAGAGAUCCUUAAGCAAUUGGAUGCUGGCUCCAAGAAAACAUUGAAGAGACUUAAGAGGAAAUUGAAGAGGCUCAAGGGAAAAUUCGAAGAUGACUCAGGAGAUGGGAAAUUUUCACUUAAGUCUAUUGAUAAGACAUUUGAAGAGACCGACAGAAUAAUCUCAGAUUAUGACGAUAGCCAACGUACAGGAAGAAAGAAGAGACAGACAGAUGAUGAUGAUGGAGAUGAAGAGGAAGAAUUGGAUACUGAUAUUAUACAAAGCAAGUAUCCAUUCACUAUAGGAGAAGACUUCAAUGGAGCUAUUGACGAGUUGUUUGUCUGUGACUUCCCUAUCACCGAGGAACAAAUGGACGCCAUUAGAACACAGAACGAGAAUCCAAUUAUGCCAAUGAUGAAAUAAUUUUUACCAUUCGUCCUAAAAUAGUAUUGAAACAUCUAAGUUGUGUCGCAGUCGUGUGUUUGUGACUUCUAUGACCACAUGAAAUGGAUUGUAUCCUGAACUCAUACAUUAUAUUGUCACUUUAGUGGAGAUUUCCAAUAAAAUGUAUGUUUAAUAUACCGAA